UGAGGGCCGGGCGGGCCCCGGCGGGCGGAGCGGGGCCGGGCGGGCGGAAGGCGGCGGAGCGAAGAUGGCAGAGCCGGAGGCGCAGCUGCUGAGGGCCGUGGGGCUGAUCGAAAAAGACACGAACGGAGAUGCUUUGUGGGUUUGGUGUUAUCCGUCCGUAACAGCUGAACUGAGGACUCUGUUGCUGCGAAAGUGCUGCCUUACAGAUGAAAACAAAUUGCUUCAUACGUUUGUAUUUGGCCAGUAUAAAAGGUCUUGGUUCUACAUCACAACGGUAGAAGUUCAAGAUUCUCCAGCCUUGAAGAAGGUGACCCACUUCUCCAUUGUCCUGACGGCCAAAGACUUCAACCCAGAGAAAUACGCAGCCUUCACCAGGAUCCUCUGUAGAAUCUACUUGAAGCAUGGAAGUCCAGUUAAAAUGAUGGAGAGUUACAUUGCAGUCCUUACAAAGGGCAUCUGCCAAAGUGAAGAGAAUGGAUCCUUCCUCAGCAAGGACUUUGAUGCUCGGAAGGCUUACCUUGCUGGCUCCAUCAAAGAUAUAGUGUCUCAGUUUGGAAUGGAAACAGUUAUUUUAUAUACUGCACUGAUGUUAAAGAAGAGAAUUGUAGUGUACCAUCCUAGAAUAGAAGCUAUCCAGGAAUUUACCAGGACUUUGCCUGCUUUAGUGUGGCAUCGACAGGACUGGUCAAUUCUUCAUUCAUAUGUGCAUCUAAAUGAGGAGGAACUGGAAGCCUUAAAAGCCUGUACAGGUUACAUCGCUGGAUUUACAGACUCUGAAGUGAGCAGUAGAUCUGACCUCUAUGAUGUGUAUGUGAAUUUGGCAGACACUGAGAUUACAGUAUCACCUGUAGUAAAAGAGGCAAUGACAAUGGGAAAACUUCACAAAGAAAUUGGACAACUAAUUGUUCAAUCUGCAGAAGAUCCAGAUAAAUCAGACAGCCAAGUCAUUAAGGACAUUUCUCUGAAGACAAAAGAAAUCUUGGCUACUUUAGCCUCACUUGCUGAAGUUUCUGAUGGCAAUGAAAAACCAACCCUUAAUGCUGAGGCCCUGAAACAAAAGCGAUUUCCACCAGCCACAGAGAACUUCCUUUUUCAUUUAGCAGCUGCUGAACAAAUGCUCAAAAUCUGAUUUUGAUGCACUGCAGUGUUAUGGACCAAUUCUGAAAAAGCUGUCUCUGCCAUCCAGAUAGGUAUACCUGGUAUUUUAUAUGAAAAACUAAAGGUAUGAGUCAAUGUCCUAGUUACCAUGAUGUAAUGCAGAAUAUUGGAGCUUGACUGGGAACAUAUGGAGACAUAUUUAGGAACGUUCCUGGUGUCAUUAUCCCCCCAACUCAAACUGUGUGCCUAUGGCUCCUGUAUUUCACACCACAAAGUGAGUGGAUAUACAAGUAGCACAGGCCAGAGUGUCCAGGCUGUGGCAGACAUCAGUGUAGUGGCUGUUUGUCCUGCACAUUCCAGAGGCUGGACAGCUCUGAUUUUUCUGCCUGGGGUCUGGAACAUGGCUGCAGCACACAUGCUGUGAACCCAGCACAGCUGGGAUGUGCUGAUCUCUGCACAGGGACACCCUGAACAUGCAGCUGCUCUGAGUGCUCCUUCUGGGCUUCCAGGGAUGUCAGCCUGUCAGAUGCUGCUCUUGCUCUAGAUUGCCUGAUACCUGGAAACCCCAAAUAAAUGGACAAGUUCUCUCUUUCUACUUGAAAGUGUCAAGGUGUGAAUAAAGAAUGUCUAGGAAAAUCUGAUGUGGUAGCCUUAGUAUGAAAAGGAAGGGAUAUUUUGAAGCUCAGUUGUGAGCUGAGCCCCUCUUUUGGACUCUUGCCUUAGAGGUUUUCCCCCUUUCACUCCAUCCCAAGCCUCUGAUGGAGGGAUAAAAUACAGGAUUGAGUGGGGCUUCCUGGGGGGUCAUGGACAAGUGCUGCCUUACAGCUGGAGUCAUUUAAGAAGUUGUUGGGGCUCUCAGCUCAGAAGAGACCUGGCCAUUCAUUCCUGAUCCAUGUGAGAAAAAGUUGGAGGAGUCAAAGCCUUAUGCAGCAGGAAUGCUCAGAUGGCCCGAGGCACAAGUAGAGCAGCAGCUUCUUGAAUGACUGGAGCUGUACCACAGGUACUGUCUGAUGGUGCUCUGUGUAAAAUCUAGAUGGAAACUUCUGAAGUCGUAGUGAAAACUGGGAAAGAGUUUAGAGAAAAUUAAAAUUUGCCUACUUGUUUGGUUGCACAACCAUAACUCAAGAUUGCAUUUUUGUUUUGUUUUUUUUUUUUUUUUUUUACUGAGCAGCCUGAAACUAACUGCUUUACAAUCUGAGAAGAAUUUAGAGUCUGUAAGGAAAUGCUCUGAGCCAAACAAUCUGUGUUUCUUCCAAAAUGUCCACAAUAAAUCAGUCAAUUCUGCAGUAGCACUUUGUUAUAAGAAAAAAUAACCUUUUUCCUGGCCUUUGUACAGAUAGGCUGUAGCAUGUGGUUUUGCAUAGAGAUUUUAUACUUAUUAUUAAAACUUUAGUAACCAAUAUUUAUAUUGUUAAAUAAUUGGAUGUUUGCUAUUCUGAAACUGGUAGAGCUCAUCAAUAACUAUGUGCAAGCAAUAUUGGUUGGAAAAAGAGUUGUCUUUUUGCUAUGUAUGAUACCUUAAGGAAAUGUAUUUUAGAAUGUGAUUGAGGAAUGUGGCAUCUGUGUAUACAAUGGGUGGUUAUUACAGUCAGGAAAUGAAAGUGCUUCAGAACAAUCCCCUAUUUUCAGGGGUGUAAAAUUCUGCUUUAAACACUUAGUCUGAAGUUUAAAUUCUGAACACAGUAGCAUGUAAUUUUUUCUUUCACUUCUGAGAAAAAUACUGCAACUGCCUUUGUUUACCUGUAAGUGUUCUACAGCUGUUUUUCCCAUUUGCCCAUUAAUGGUUUUUGUUAAUGGUUCUUUAAUAUUGCUGCUUCUGGUUUGGGAUCUAUAAAACAGUUGGAUUGGAAGAAUUGCAAAACUAUGCUGGAAAUUCUAUUCAGGACCUACUUUAAAGUCCACUGAAAAGGAAUUCUUUCACCAAGGAAAAUCUGAAUCUGCUUCAGCCAGCUGACUUAACAGCACAGUGUAAUUGAGAAGAAAUUCCCAUCAUUUCUUAUUAACAAACUGCCUUAAGGCAUAUCUAGAGACAACCACACAAAGCAGAGGAGCUCAAUUGCAAACUGAACCUUGAAUGCCUGUUUUGAUUUCUGUUCUGGAAAUGUUUCAGUUGAAAAUCUCAGUGUUGUAUUAGAUCUCCUGACAUUUGUGCAACACAAAUGGAACACAAUUUUGCACUUAAGGAACUGGACUCAUAGCAUGCUUAUGCCUAUUAAAAAAUUCCUGAAUCAGUCUACCCUUUAAUUUAUGUAAAUUUAUUCUUGCAUAGUUGUGACCAUGGUGUCACAGGCUUUAGCUCUUGGUUUUGCAAUACUGGGAUUGAGCUAUGAUUUGGUCUUCAGGUUGGAAAUGUUCAAACACUUCUGUCAUUGCUGAUUUUAUCAUCAGCACUGUGCAAGAUCUACUGGCCUCCCUCAGCUUCAGUGCAUUCAAAGAUUGUCUUAAUGUUCUUGCAUUGUCUCAAUGACUUUUGACACUGCUUCUUUUCAAAAAUGUUUAAAAUAAAAUAGAAAAAUUUGCAAGGUCAGGACAGGAAAA